AUGCACAUUCCCCAAGUGAGGUGGCUCGGAUUACUAGGCGCCAUAGUCGCAACUGCGCACGCAGUCGAAGUAGACUUGGUCUUCCCUCGCAAUGAAACAUAUUCACCAGCCGACUCAUUCCCUGUUGUCUUUGCUGUGCAGAACUUCAACCCACAGAGCGCAGAACUCCUCAACCUGCGCAUCUCCUAUGACAUCCGCAAAGGCAACGACAGAAACAACGAUAUUACCCGAACCCAUGAUCUGCGCUGGGCGAACUGGUCCAGCAGCGCGGACCCUUACCUCGCAUACCGGUACUUCCAGGAGCUCAACACCACGGGGCAUUGGUCUCUGACCUGGCGGCUCCGCUGGCAAAGCUGCGACGAGGAGGCGCUGGCCAAUCGUAAUGAGAAGCUGCUGCCUAGUGAUCAUGACGGCGGGGUCUUUGAACACUACUACUCCUGGGUGCAGUACUUCACUAUUGGCGAUUCCGCCCUCAAAAAAGUGGAUCUCGUCGCAGCGACCGCCAACGCCACCUGCCCCGAGGACAGGAACGCGAUUGCGAUCAAUGUUACCGACACAACUAUGAAUUCACCCCCAGGUCUCAACGCCGCGGGCCGCGACACUUGCGUCGUUACGGCCAACUCGACUGCUACGCGCACCACCCCGGACCCCUGUCGCGUCGCUAUCGAUGAAGAUACCGUGGCGAGUAUGGCCGCCGUUCACCAGAAACUGCUCUGCGAUCGUCUGAUAAACCCUAACCCGCCUGAAGACUGUCCUGCUGAGGAGAACGGCGCUCAGCAGUUGCCUGCAUUUGGUGUAUCUUGCUUCCUAGCUGCUUUUGGAGUUGUUGGGUUUGCGCUCUUGUAG